AUGGAGAAGAAUAAUCAGAGAAGGAGAGUGUUCGAACACCUGGAACGGAACAAGAUUAUAAAUGAAAACAGCAUGGUUCAUGGCAGCAAAUCUUGUUAUCACAAACCUCCUGGCCAUCAUGACCCUGGGGAUGACUACACAGAGAAGAGCUGGGAGAUGGUCACACCACUCGUACAAAAACUUAAGCAGUUCUACCUCUUCUCCAAUGAUAUAGAGAUGAUCGUUCCACGUAUUCUAGCAGAAUUGUGUGGGCCAGAGAUAUCUCCAACUCAGCAUCUGGAAACGCAGCAAGCACUGGUCAAACAGUUUGCUGAAAUACUUGAAUUUACUCUUAAAUUUGAUGAACUUAAGAUGACAACCCCAGCCAUCCAGAAUGAUUUUAGUUACUAUCGUCGCACCGUCAUGCGUCUCAAGAUUGAACACAAUGGUAUGGAGACUGUCGAAGAUGAUGUAACAAUAGACCAUCAACUGGCAAAUAAAAUGAGUCUCUUUUAUGCCAAUUCCACUCCGAUGCUCAAAAUCCUUAGUGAAGCUACUUCCAAAUUUGUUACUGAGCACAAGGAGAUUCCUUUAGAAAACACAACAGAAACUCUAGGUACUAUGGCUAAAGUCUGCCAAAGAAUGUUGGAAAAUCCAGAAUUAAUAGCCAGAUUCCGACGUGAGGAGACACAACUCUUCAUCUUAAGGGUCAUGGUUGCACUCAUUAUUCUUUAUGACCAUGUUCAUCCAGUGGGUGCUUUUGUAAAGGCUUCCAAUGUUGAUGUGAAAGGAUGUGUGAAAGUUUAAAAGAUCAGCCUGCAUCGAGUUCAGAAAAUCUU